GAGUAUUGACAAGCGUCUUGUCGCGGUGCUAAAUGUUGUGUUGUGAAGGGUGGACGUGAUGGAUUGAAGAUUUCCGCCACCAUGCAUCAACUCGAAUCGUUUUGUGCGAUUGCGUCGCAGAACAACACCGGAACAGCUGAAGACCGGGUUGUGGAGGAGCCGCUCAAGGUGCCGGUUGGUGAGCCGAUGGGGUUUGAGCCCAAGAGUGCCGUAGUUGAGUUGCCUGUGCCAUUGAAGCCCGAGGAUGCUGUUUCGACAGCCGCAGGGGUCGAUGGGAAGGGGAAGGCGCUGCCCCCCGAAGACCUGCUGCAGCAAGCUGCCGUGAGUCCCGUAGUGGCGGACGAGUCCCAAUCGGUGGAGUCUGCUGCUGAUGACGACGAGGUUGUGAAGGUGGACGAGGUCGUGGACAGCGCAGCGAAGGAUGACGGGGAUGUAGCUGAUAAACCUCCUGCCAAUCCUGCGAUAGCGAAAACGAGCCUGUGCUCUUAUUUUCGUAAGAAAGGGUGUAAUCAUGGGGAGAACUGUAAAUUUGCUCAUGGAGAGAGUGAGCUGCAGCAACGACCUGAUGGAUCCUGGGACCCAACUUCUGAGAGGGGCAAAAAGAAAGAGGACAAGGUGAGCACUGAAGAGCAGUCUUCUGAGGAAAGUCGAUAUCGGAAAUGUCUUGUGAAUAUCCCGAUGAACUGGAGUCAGCAAAAAUUGAAGUCCUUCCUUGACGAAAAGGGUGUAACGUAUUCGAGCGCACAGAAGAGAAAGUCCAUGAAGGUCGGCUUUCUAGGCUUUCGUAAUCAAGAGGAACUCACAAAAUCUGCCGAGAUCUUGGAUGGGAUGCCUGUAGCGAACAAGAGGUUGAAGCUUGCAGAUGUAUUGCCUCGUGAAUGGGAGCGAAAGGCCAUCGGAGUAACAGAAGCAGCUCUUGCCGGUGACAAAGAGGAGAAGGAUAAUGAUGGGGCUGACACUGUAAUGGCCGAGGAUGGCUCAGGAAAUGAGAAUGAUGGAAAAGAAGAUGACAACGAGAACAAAGCCUUAGAACCUUACAGGAGCGUGACUCAAGUGGUGACUCCCCUUGCACACUUAAGUUAUGAAGAUCAGCUGGCUAAAAAGAAAGAAGAGAUUAUUCAAGUUCUCAAGCGCCUUGCCCGAAAUAUUAGAAAAGGAUGCCCAAGCGGAAUGCUUUUACCUGACUGGCUGGCUGCUGCGAAGGAUCGUGAGGGCUUACCUUGCGAGUUUGAAGGGAUAUUGCCAUCCCCUGUUGUGGAUGGUUAUCGCAACAAAUGCGAAUUCGCCAUUGGGUUAGGACCGGAUGGAAAGCAGCGUGUUGUUGGCUUUCAGCUUGGUUCAUUCAGAGAGGGUAUCAAUGCAAUUGCAGAACCAGGAGAAUGCCGCAACGUGUCAUCUGUUGCAUUAAAUUUUGUAGCAGCAUUUCAAACAUUCAUACGGGCAUCAAAGCUUCCUGUCUGGGAUAAAAAAGAUAAUACUGGUUUCUGGCGUAUGCUCACCAUCAGGGAGGGUCGGGAACCUGGUUCCGCAGAUGAAAUUGGCAAGGAGAUAGCUGAAGUUAUGCUUAUAGUACAGGUGUGUCCUACAGGAGUUCCAGAAGACCGAGCUACAGAAGAGUACUCAAAAAUGGCUGAAGUGCUUAUUGAGGCUGCAACGACUGCAACCCCUCAAUUACCCUUGACUGCACUUCUUGUUCAGGAACACGUGGGAGUUUCAAAUUCUGCUCCUGCAGAUUGUCCUUUGCGUGCUUUGCCAUUACCUGGAUUGGACGAGAUCCGCAAUACAGGAAAGCCCGUCGAUGAGGUGUUGGGUCAUAUCCAUGACUAUAUCGGUCUCUCAAAAUUCAGAAUAUCACCAACAGCGUUUUUUCAGGUUAAUUCAGCUGGUGCGGAGAAACUUUAUUCUCUCGCUGGCGUUUGGGCUGGGCUUGGUCCAGACACUUUGCUAUUUGAUGUGUGUUGUGGGACUGGUGCCAUUGGGCUGACGCUUGCCAAACGAGUUGGUAUGGUGGUUGGUAUCGAGAUGAAUGCUUCAGCAGUUGCUGAUGCACAGCUUAAUGCAGAUUUGAACGGUAUCACAAAUUGCCGGUUCAUUGCUGGCAAGGCUGAAGACGUCAUUGGUAACUUGUUGAGGGAGUAUGCCAUUGAUGGUCCUGUUUCUCAGAAAGCUUCUGAACCUGAAACUGGUAAAAGUGAAGCAAGCAAUGAGGAACAAGUAUCGACCUUAGUUAGUCCCGCCAAUCAGCAGAACGGGGACUCCAGACCCCGAUUCAAUAAUAUUGUAGCUAUAGUUGAUCCACCCCGCGUAGGACUGCAUCAUGUGGUCUUGAGAACAUUAAGGUUACACAAGCAGCUCAGACGACUCGUGUACAUUUCUUGCAAUCCUGAUAGCUUGCUGGCCAAUGCUGUAGAAUUGUGCAUGCCUAUAAAGGAAGGCCCUGUUGAGAAGCAGAAGCAGAGGGGAGGGUUCAGAGGAUCAAACCUAGGACAUGCUCGACGCAGAGUUAAGACGCUGCCACCAUCUGAGCCUUUUCGUCCUGUUAAAGCUUGUGCAGUGGAUCUUUUUCCGCAUACAAAACAUUGUGAAAUGGUUAUGCUGUUUGAGAGGUAGCCAGAUGCUUAAUGCAUCAGUUCAUUUUUCUAUACCACGUCAAAGAUAACCUUUUAGUUGGUAAUCCAUUUGUGAACCUGCCUAGAACUAGUUUGGUGAGGGGUUCUACGCUUGAGGAAUUUCACCCGCCUUCUUUAAACUGCAUUUAGGUCCAAAAUACUCAACAUGUGCUCAUCUGCUGCUUCCUUGUAACUCCCUGUCAUUGCUGGACAGAGUUUGUUUUGUCGUAAAAGAGUAAAGUAGAAGGAACUGUUGGAGUCGAGUAAAAGUACUACUUCAUGUGUAUUUAUGUAGCUCAACAAAGGCAUCCAUUAGCUUUUCUGUAAAACCCACUUUGCACUUUAUCAUGCGGAGCUUAUCUAAUUCUUUUCUUUCACUUUUA